AUGAUGCCUUUCCGCCGAGCUGCAGCAAAAUUGCUUAGGAAGAUCCACGAUUGUCCCCGUGUUGGCUCGGUGUUUUUAUUUUCUGAAAAUCCCACUACUUCUUCUUCUUCCAUUGUUGCAGGAGGAAGAAGGAACUGUUCUUUUGAAGAUGGUUUUGGGAAUUGUGGCAGGAGGGGGGAGAAUAUGGAUACAUUCCGGUGGAUUCUCAUUUGUGGACCAGCCGCCAUAGCAGCAGUUCUUGGGAUGAAUAUAAGUCCUGCCUUUGCAGAUGAUUCGUCCGUUGAUGUAAGUCCAGAAAAUACAAGUGGCUCAGAGAUACCUGUUCUACGGAAAAUCGAAGAUGGUUCUGUAGUAUCAAAUAUACAUACUUCCAAAUGGAGAGUCUUUACCGAUACUGGAAGGGAUUUCUUUUCAAAGCAAAAACUGGUUGAAGCUGAGAAGUUCUUUGUAGCUGCAUUACAAGAAGCUAAGGAGGGUUUUGGUGAAAGAGAUCCCCAUGUUGCAUCUGCAUGCAACAACUUGGCUGAGUUGUAUCGAGUUAUAAAGGACUUUGACAAAGCUGAACCCUUGUACUUGGAAGCAAUCAAUAUACUUGAGGAAUCUUUUGGUUCUGAUGACAUAAGAGUUGGGGCUGCCCUACACAACUUAGGUCAGUUCUACCGUGUUUGUGGAAGACUUGAUCAAGCUCGCGUUUGCUAUGAGCGUGCUGUGAAGAUAAAGAGGCGUGUUUUGGGGCAGGCCAACCCAGACUAUGCUGACACAUUGUAUCAUCUUGGAACUGUGCUCUAUCUUGAAGGAAAAGAGAAGGAUGCUGAGGUUUUGAUAUGGGAAUCCAUUCAGAGUCUUGAGGAAGGCGGGCUUGGGGAAUCAAAUUUAUGUCUCAGGAGACUGCAAUUUCUAGCGCAGAUUUUCAUGAAGUCCAACAAACUUGUAGAAGCCGAGAAAAUACAGAGGAAGAUCCUGCACGUGAUGGAAUUAUCAAAGGGUUGGAAUUCCUUACAUACUGUACUUUUGGCUGAGCGCCUUGCGUUGAACCUCACAUCAAUUGGGAAUUUAGAGGAAGCAGACGAACUAUUAGAAAGAUGUCUUGAUGCCAGGAAAAUCUUACUCCCUGAAGACGAUAUUGAGGUUGCUGCCAACAUGCUUUACAUUGCCAGGGUGAAAAAGUUGAAGGCCAAUCAGCUAAGAAAGAAAAAUGUUUCUCAAGCUGUGGAAGAAUAUAAGAAAGCAAAGCUUCUUCUGAGUAAUUCAAUAAGGGUAGCCAGAAAAGUUCUUGACCAGGUUGGAAAGCAGAGACAAAAGCAGAAACCUAAUGGACUUCUGAGAAACAUGCAUAGAAAGGAACAUUCGGCACUGCUAAUACUGCUACAAUCACUUGGUGCACUUGCGGUAUUGGAGGAGAUCAUGAUUGAACUGCAAAAUUCCAGUGGAAACAAUAAUUCUCUCCCCGAGGUUGAGAAGAAUCUUUGUGAAUGCAUUUCUGCUUUUAAGGAGUUCGGAGCUAAGACAGUUCUGUCUAAUUCUGCUGAAGUCAAAACUGAAUAUCUCUCAUGUUUGAAGCAUCUGUACACUUUGCUAAUCGAUGAUCCACUGAGGGAAAAAGAUGCUUUGGGAGAGUUGAAAGAUGAAAUCAACCAGGUAGAAGCUGAAAUUUUCGCCAAAAGGAAGGCACAAUAG